UCGAUGGUUUUCUGUAGCUAGUGGAAGCCUUUGUUUGGUUUUGCCUGAUUGUUGCGAUUAAACGUGCAGCAGACAGCAUCUUCAAUACAUGCAAAAGCUUUAACGAAUCUCAUUGUCAAAAGUUUUCGUGACGACACGCGGAGGGCACUGCGAUGGGAGCAGCGUCCACGCGGCUGCCGGACGGAAGAGAUUAGGACCGCACGCAUGCCGCUACCGUAACUCGGGUACAUCUGAAGGUGACAUGCGUUUGUAAACCAUCUUGAAACCCUGAAUCCCGCCCGAAGAAGCCUCAUGGAACCGAGUAACGAUGUCGCGCUGGAUAUCAUCGUUACGAAUGUCGUUUCUGUCUUCAGGACGCGAUGCCAUUUAAACCUUCGCACUAUAGGCCUUGAGGGGAAUAACGUCAUCUAUAAACCAGAAGUGGGAAAAGUUCUGAUGAAGUUGCGCAAACCUCGCAUUACUGCUUCCAUAUGGUCAUCAGGGAAAAUCAUUUGCACUGGAGCAACAAGUGAGGAUGAGGCUAAGCUUGGUGCCCGAAGGUUGGCUCGCUGCCUCCAGAAGAUUGGAUUCAAGGUGAGGUUUUCAGACUUUAAGGUUGUAAACGUCCUAGCUGUCUGCUCCCUGCCCUUUCAGAUCCGUCUCAUUGAAUUCACAAAGAACAACCGUCCCAUUGCCAGCUAUGAGCCUGAGCUUCACCCUGCGGCUACAUACAGAAUCAAAACCCUCAGGAGCACUGUGCAGGUGUUCUCCACCGGCAGUAUCACAGUUACAGGACCAAAUGUUCAGAGUGUUGCUUCAGCUGUGGAGCAGAUAUAUCCUCUACUGUUCGAGUGUCAGAAAACACUGGUGUAAAAAUCCACACACGUGUGAAAUGAAGAAGCACCUUAAGAGUGAAUGUGUUCAAAGACUUUAAACUCUUGUACUGUAUGUCGGCGCUCCUGUCAACUUGAGAGUGAGCAGGCCUGGGUUUGUAUGCCCUUUGAACUCUGACCUCUUUUGUUAUGAAGCAGCAGACACUUCGUAAAGCUCAGUCGAGGCCUCAUCAGUGUGCAUCUCCAGAUUUUAAUCAAACGUCAUUUUAGUGCAUGGACACCAAAGUAACCCCAUCAGAAGAUAGCACUGACUAGUUUUUGAAAUUGAGUUUUACAGAAAUGUUUCAUUUUAAGGAAGUGGGUUUUAGCAGACACCUGGGGACUGAGGAGGUCAGAGGACAGAGGUUACAAAACAAACACCAGAGACUUUAAACAGGAUAUAAUGUAAUAUUUACCUGCUGCAUUCUGUUAAGGUCUGCAUUCUUUUUGACUCUGGUUUGCGAGACAGACUCCAGUGUACAUGUUUAUGUAAUAUGUUCCUGUUUUGUAUUUUAUAAUAAAGGCUGAAUAAAAUAACCCUUCCCCUACACCAUA